AUGACUUACACUUCUGUCCUUGCACUUGUAAUCUUGAGGUUGAAUGCAAUCUUGGAAAAGAUUGGAAAUGCAGAGGAGAUUCGUAUUCCCAUGGAUCUUGUAGUUCUCAUACUAUCGCACCUUUCAUUGAAAGACAACAUCCGUGCUUCUUCUGUUUGCAAGGCAUGGCAUAAAGCUGCUGUUUCGGUUCGGCGUAAUUCUCCCUGGCUUGUGUAUUUUGACCAUGAUUAUCUAACCGGCUUCUCUUUUGGGUUUUACGAUCCAACGGAGAAGAUUAAAACCAGGUCGAUUUUACUACCUAAUCAACCCCUUUACGCAAGCCUCUGUUGCUCCAAAGAUGGGUGGUUACUACUAAUCGUAAAUUACCAAGAAGAUGAUCCCGCUAGCUUAGUAUUCUUCAAUCCAUUUACUCGAGUGUACAUAAUUCUGCCAAGAUUGAUAGCAAUUGAAAACUUUAGAGCUGACUACGCUUUCUCUUGUGCUCCUACAAACGAGAGUUGUGUGGUGUGUUGCAUUAUUGAUCGCACAGAAGAUAGUUUUCUCAUCCACACUUGGGACUUCGGUGCAGUUGAAUGGAUGGUCUAGGAGUAUUCAAUCCAGUUGCACGUACGUGGGAUAAGCUUUGUGUACCACUUCCGAAACCAAUCCCCUUUCUCAUGUGGAUUAUGGAGUACAAAGGGAACAUAUUUCUUGCAAGUCGUGUUAACAAUAUGGCGGAAACGGAAGUCAUCUUGUUUGGACUUAACCGGUUUGGGUUGGUUUGGGAAAAGAAGGAAUCAUUCGAUGGUUCGUCCAUCUUUGUCAGUAAUAAAUCAAGCAUUAUGACAAAUGGGCUCAAUCGGGAUAUGAAUAACGUUGUGCAUGUGUGGUAUUUGGGCCAUUUGUCCAAAUUCUCCUUGUCUACAAGGCAUUUAUGUACGGACUUUUCAAUCAAUAGUGGGAGUCAUUCUAGGGCCUGGAUCGAGCCGCCCCAAGACAUCUAUAUCUAUGAGUUUCCCAUUGUAGAGCCCAAUUAGGCAAAUAAUUAAGUCAUCUAUGUUUCUGAGUUUUGAGAUUUAAAAUUUCAGAAUAAUGUUUUUAUAUUUUAUUGAUUCAGCUCGCUGUGUAUUCUAAUAGCAAG